GGUGAUUGCCGUGGGAUGCCCUUCCCCACGCCUCUGUGUGCCUCUCCGUGGGAUUGCAUGCUCCAGCCUCUGCCGAGCAACAUGGAAGACAGCGACCUCGGCCUGACGACCGUGUGGCCGCCGCCUUUCCCGCCUUCCCCGCCUUCCCGUCAGUCUUUUGGCGCGUGCAUGCGCAACCAGCUCGCUGGCCAUAGGCCCGGCUCUGCUCCCCCCUUCGGCGCCCAGCAGCACGCAUGCGCGCGCUCCUCAACCGGCCAGCGCAGAGCGCGAGAAGGCGGGGCGCAGAGGAGCAGCCUGGGGGAGGGGCGGCUCCAGUCACGUGACACGACGGCGGUGUUUACACGCGGGGCGGCUGAGGCGUCCGGCCUCAGUCAGGCGCUCGGCUCCGUUUCGCUUUCACUUCCGGUGAGGGGCCGCCUCCGACCGGGCGGCGAGCCUACGGCGAGCGCAGGCGGUAGCUGGGACGGCGGCGCCGCUGCCGGGGGGCGUGCGGUAGCGCAGCGGCGGCGGCGGUGGCAGCUGGGCCUCGAGCACCCGCAGUCGAGCUCUCGGGGGCGGGCUCCCGGCGUGAGGAGUCUCAGCGCGAAGAUGGAGGAGCUGGUGGUGGAAGUGCGGGGCUCCAAUGGCGCUUUCUACAAGGCCUUUGUGAAAGAUGUUCAUGAGGAUUCAAUUACAGUUGCAUUUGAAAACAAUUGGCAGCCAGAGAGGCAGAUUCCGUUCCAUGAUGUGAGAUUCCCACCACCUGUAGGUUAUAAUAAAGAUAUAAAUGAAAGUGAUGAAGUUGAGGUCUAUUCAAGAGCAAAUGAAAAAGAACCUUGCUGUUGGUGGUUAGCUAAAGUGAGGAUGAUAAAGGGUGAGUUUUAUGUGAUAGAGUAUGCAGCUUGUGAUGCUACGUACAAUGAAAUUGUCACAAUUGAACGUUUGCGAUCUGUGAAUCCCAACAAACCUGCCAGUAAAGAUACUUUUCAUAAGAUCAAACUGGAUGUGCCAGAAGAUUUACGACAAAUGUGUGCCAAAGAAUCGGCACAUAAGGACUUUAAAAAGGCAGUUGGUGCCUUUUCUGUAACUUAUGAUCCGGAAAAUUACCAGCUUAUCAUUUUGUCUAUCAAUGAAGUCACCUCAAAGCGAGCACACAUGCUGAUUGACAUGCACUUUCGGAGUUUGCGCACUAAACUGUCUCUGAUACUGAGAAAUGAAGAAGCCAGCAAGCAAUUAGAGAGUUCAAGACAACUUGCCUCCAGAUUUCAUGAACAAUUUAUUGUACGAGAAGAUUUGAUGGGCCUCGCGAUUGGUACACAUGGUGCUAAUAUUCAGCAAGCUAGAAAAGUACCUGGAGUCACUGCUAUUGACUUAGAUGAAGACACCUGCACAUUUCAUAUCUAUGGAGAGGAUCAAGAUGCAGUGAAAAAGGCUAGAAGCUUCCUUGAAUUUGCUGAAGAUGUCAUUCAAGUCCCAAGGAACCUAGUGGGCAAAGUAAUAGGGAAAAAUGGAAAACUGAUUCAGGAGAUUGUAGACAAGUCAGGAGUUGUGAGAGUGAGAAUUGAAGCUGAAAACGAGAAAAAUGUUCCACAAGAAGAGGAAAUUAUGUCACCAAAUUCCCUAACUUCCAAUAAUUCAAGGGUUGGACCUGCCCCCCCAGAAGAAAAGAAACAUAUAGAUAUAAAGGAAAACAGUGCUCACUUUUCUCAACCUAACAGCACAAAAGUCCAGAGGGUAUUAGUGGUUUCAUCAGUUGUAGCAGGGGAAUCCCAGAAACCUGAACUCAAGGCUUGGCAGGGCAUGGUACCAUUUGUUUUUGUGGGGACAAAGGACAGCAUUGCUAACGCCACUGUUUUGUUGGAUUAUCACCUGAACUAUUUGAAGGAAGUAGACCAGUUGCGUUUGGAGAGAUUACAAAUUGAUGAGCAGUUGCGACAGAUUGGAGCUAGUUCUAGACCACCACCAAAUCGUACAGAUAAGGAAAAAGGCUAUGUGACUGAUGAUGGUCAAGGAAUGGGUCGAGGUAGUAGACCUUACAGAAAUAGGGGGCACGGCAGACGCGGUCCUGGAUAUACUUCAGGAACUAAUUCUGAAGCAUCAAAUGCUUCUGAAACAGAAUCUGACCACAGAGAUGAACUCAGUGAUUGGUCAUUAGCUCCAACAGAGGAAGAAAGGGAGAACUUCCUGCGCAGAGGAGAUGGGCGACGGCGUGGAGGUGGAGGACGAGGACAAGGAGGAAGAGGACGAGGAGGUGGCUUCAAAGGAAAUGAUGACCAUUCCCGAACAGAUAAUCGUCCUCGCAAUCCAAGAGAUGCUAAAGGAAGAGCAGCUGAUGGCUCCCUCCAGAUCAGAGUUGACUGCAAUAAUGAAAGGAGUGUCCACACUAAAACAUUACAGAAUACCUCCAGUGAAGGUAACCGGCUGCGCACGGGUAAAGAUCGUAACCAGAAGAAGGAAAAGCCAGACAACGCGGAUGGUCAGCAACCACUUGUGAACGGAGUACCCUAAACUGCAUAAUUCUGAAGUUAUAUUUCCUAUACCAUUUCCGUAAUUCUUAUUCCAUAUUAGAAAACUUUGUUAGGCCAAAGACAAAUAGUAGGCAAGAUGGCACAGGGCAUGAAAUGAACCCAAAUUUUGUCUCAGAUUUUAUUUUUUGUUAUCAACCGUAAGCAACAAUUUUCCAAAUUGCAUGAAGAGAUAGCUCAAAGUUUUCAGACAUCAAUUUAAGUAAACUUCAAGACAGGGAUUUGAUUAGUUACUUAAAAAAAAAAAAAAAGAAGAAGAAGUUCUGAGCCGUGAUACUCUGUUAAUUUGGACCAUUUCCCUGCAUUGGAUAAAAUCGACCAGUACAUUUCAGUUUUUCUGAAUACAUAAUAUAUUGUUUAUGAUAAUAUAUAGAAGGUAACCAGACUUCUCUUUUCAAUCUCACAUAGAAGUCUCUAUGAAGUAUGAUGUCAUUUCAUGUCCUGUGUCAGUUUAUGCUUUGGUCCACUUUUCAGUAUUUUAGUGGACCCUGGGAUGUGCGUGAUGUGACAUUUGUCAUUUUCAUUAGCAAAAAAAAAAAGUUGUAUGAUCUGUGCCUUUUUUAUAUCUUGGCAGGUAGGAAUAUUAUAUUUGGAUGCAGAGUUCAGGGAAGAUAAGUUGGAAACACUAAAUGUUAAAGAUGUAGCAAACCCUGUCAAACAUUAGUACUUUAUAGGAGAAUGCAUGCUUUCCAUAUUUUUUUCCUUACAUAAACAUCAGGUUAAGCAGUAUAAAGACUAGGACUGUUUUUGUUUUUGUUUUGUUGCACUGAAGUUUGACAAGUGGUGUUACGAGAGGGCUGUGUAAUUUUUCUGUAGAGACAGGAGAAGAAAUGACCAUCUUUUCCUUUGAGAAAGGCUAAAAUGUUUUCAGCUAGGAACAAAUAUUCCUGGUUGAAAGUUAGGGGAAUAUGCCUGCUCUUUGGCCUGAUGACCAACUUUAAACUUAGAGCCUUUUUGAUUUUGUCCUCCUCAAUAUUUGUGAUGUUUUCCAUAUUUUAAUUUCAUGCUUAUCUCGGGGGAGAUAGGGAGGUCAUAUCUUGUGUGCAUAAGAAUCCUGUGACGUACAGGUGUUUUGUCUAAGAAAAUUUGGAAGCAGGUUAAACUUUGAAAUAUUAGGUCUAGUGUUUAAGCAGAAUGGGAAAGCAGACUUAAGAUUGGUUAACAAAUACUACUUUUUUUUUCCCUUAGGCUUUUUUUUUUUAUGGAUUUUGUUUUGAGUUUUUUUUUUUUAUGAAAUUUACUGAGGAAAAUAUGUGAAGGAUCUUCACUCUUAAGAUGUUAUAUUUUUUCGUAAAAAAAAUAAAAUAAAAAUAACUCCAAGUCUAGGGGUGCUGCCUCUGAAUCUGUACAGAGCCGUACAAACCGAAGUUCUGCCUCUGAUGUAUUUUGUGAGUUUAUUUCUUUCAGUUUUCAUUUUACAGUUAUUUUUCCUUGCAUACAAAUAAGCAUAUAAAAAUGGCGACAAACUGCACAUGAUUUCAAGAAUAUUAAAAAAAAAAGUCUCUUAAAAUUAUUGCCAAACCAUUAAUGUUGAUUUCUAGUUAUUUAUUCUGGGAAUGUAUAGUAUUUGAAAACAGAAAUUGGUACCUUGCACACAUCAUCUGUAGGCUGUUUGGUUUAAAAUACUGUAGAUAAUUAACCAAGGUAGAAUAAUGACCUUGUAAUGUAACUGCUCUUGGGCAAUAUUCUCUGUACAUAUUAGCAACAACAGAUUGGAUUUUAUGUUGACAUUUGUUUGGUUAUAGUGCAAUAUAUUUUGUAUGCAAGCAGUUUCAAUAAAGUUUGAUCUUCCUCUGCUAAA